UGACGAUCUAAGUGAUGUACUUCAAGAUGGACACACAUACUAUGUAUCUGUUAGGGUUACAAAUCGUGCGGGUGGACAAACGGUCAACUCUACAUCGGGUGUCAUGGUAGCUCUGCCUAAGAACAUCACUGCCUAUGUAGAGGUAAAUACAACAUGUAGGUCAUCGUAUGACAUACCUAGCAACCUAACAAGUAAUGUCAGUGUGUGUGGAGAUCAAAAUGGCAUUGGUAUAAACUGGAAGCAAGAAACGACAAAGCCUGGUGACUAUGCAAUGAUCUAUUUCAUUGCGGGAUCUACUGAAUCGUCAGAUGAUAUCAUUUCCAAAGUAAACAUAGCCCCCAAAGAAAAGCAAGGGGACUUUGAGUUUGGAUCCCUGGAGGUGGAAGAUGGUGAAAUUAUAAUGGAACCGUAUGGGAGAAUGAAUAUAUCAGAAGCCAAGGGGGUCUAUGAUCCAAAAUCUGUUGGUUUAAAUAGAUUCCGAAUGGAACCAGGAAGGACCAUCUACACAAGUAUAGAGGCUUGCCAACCAGGUGAUGUCUGCUCAAUAGUUGCCUCAUCAAAACAGUUAAAAAUGAGAUCCACUGACAUGAUUAAGCCUGCCGAUGAAGGAUGUGAGAUGUCAGUUGAUUUACCUGAC